UUCCCGUUUCGAGGAUCGAGUCAAUAUGUGGGUAUACGAAGAAGUAGUGAAUGGUCAAAAACUGACGGAGAUAAUAAACACCCAACACGAAAACAUCAAAUAUUUACCGGGUUACAAGUUGCCAGAAAAUAUUGUGGCAGUACCCGACAUAGUGGAAGCAGUAAAGGGUGCUACGGUAUUGGUAUUUGUAGUUCCCCAUCAAUUUAUUCGCAAUCUAUGCAAACAAAUGAAAUCAGCCAUUUCUAAACGCUGUAGAGGAAUCAGUCUUAUCAAAGGAAUCGACUUUAAUGAAUCUGGUCCUCUGCUGAUCACAGAUAUUAUCAAAAGUGAACUGAAUAUUCCAAUAAGUGAACUGAAUAUUCCAAUGUGUGCUUUAAGUGGUGCGAAUAUAGCGAAUGAAAUAGCGGCAGAAAAGUUUUGUGAAACAACCAUCGGUUAUGAAAACCAAGAAGAUGGAGAAUUGAUGAAAGAACUUUUUCAUGAUGAUAUGUUUCGAGUUGGUCUCGUAAAAGAUGUUCCAGGUGUUCAAGUUUGCGGUGCUUUGAAGAAUGUGAUUGCUUUAGGCGCAGGCUUUUGUGAUGCUUUAGAAAUGGGUAAUAAUACCAAAUCGGCUUUGAUGAGAAUUGGACUGAUUGAAAUGCAACGUUUUGCUAAGAAAUAUUAUUCCAACGUGAAAUUGGAAACUUUUAUGGAAAGUUGUGGAGUGGCCGAUUUGAUUACGACUUGUUAUGGUGGAAGAAAUAGGAAAUGUGCGGAAGCUUUUAUAACAACUAAAAAGCCAUGGCAUGUGCUCGAAGAGGAAUUACUCAAUGGACAAAAGUUACAAGGAACAACCACUGCUAAAGAUGUUUAUUUGACUUUAAAGAAAGACAAUGCAUUGGAAGAAUUUCCACAUAUGGUUACCAUUUAUAGAAUUGCAUUUGAAGGAUUGCCUGUCGAGAGAAUCGUAUUGGAUAUCUAAACCUUUGUAUGGUUGGAUAUGGGUUGUGUCUUGUGCAAUAAAGAUAUCAAUCCUGCA